GGCGGAACUGGUCCGGAAGUCACUGAGAGAUCUUUGCCUAUUCUGGAGUAUGUGCGUUGGAUCCUGCGCUGUGGUCUAUCCCCAACACUUGCAGUUGUUGGUAAUAGAGAACGUCGGAGAUCCAGCGUUGGAUGUACUCCUCGCUGUUUUUGGCUCGGUAUUUGACAUCUUCAUGCCCUGUCCUCAAGAGCGCUGUGACCAUAAACAUGUCACAGAAAUCUCUUCGCUACUAAUGUCACUCCACCAUCACCUCCAAUACAAUGAUCUUGCGGGAACCGGAAUGGCUGAGGAUACAAUAUUUGGCUCGCCAUCGCCAGGGCACGUAUUGCGGAGCGAAAGCGCGUCCCCCAAGAUCUCGGAACGCAGCUUGAAGGCGGCUGUGGUGGGGAUCGCGGUGGGAAGUUCCGUCGCCGGACUGCUCAUUCUUGCCUUGCUCAUCUGGACUUUGUUGCGAAUACGGAGGCGGCGGCGGGAAGUACUCGAGGUGCGACCCGCGCCGUGGCCAAACUCACCGUUCCCUUUCGUCCCGCCCAACCUCGACAAACAACUCGCUACCCAACACGUCCCCAUUGUCGUUCACGAGAUGCCCGGCUCGGCGGUAGAGCCGAGACACGAGCUGCCUACUCCGGCCAACAGCAUGACAAGAUUUGUGGCGGAGACUCCGUGGAUCUGAUAUGAUAUGAGCUUUGGUGUUUAUCCGGCUGGGAAACCCUUGUCUCGUUGUGCCUGCUUGUCGGACUGGUUGAGGUCUAUAAUACUUGGGCACGGUACGGCACAGCAAUGGACGGAGGUGCAGAAACUGGCUUAAAUCCGGAGACACUAGCAAUGCAAGAUACUCGCCUCUCCGUGCUAAUCACAAACCAGGUCUCGGCGGUUCAUGGUAUUGUCUGGCCAGGAGGCGCCUGAGUGUGAUGACCUGCUAAAGCCGACAAUUCCACAACCCUUGCCAUCCCUCGUGUUGGUACGGUAGG